AUGGCGAACACGAGCGUGGAAAAUAUCACGAAAACUCGAGUCUUUUGCAUAAAUGGAUUGUAUGAUGCAAACCAACAUAUGUUUCUUGCGGGAUUAAACAUCUGCUUGGCCCUGACUGCGUUUCUUUGGAAUAUUGUGAUCCUCAAAGCCCUUGAGAAAGAAAGCUCUUUUCAUUCACCAUCAAAGCUGUUAUUCCGUUGUCUGGCGAGCACUGAUCUUUGUGUAGGACUUAUCCUUGAGCCCAUUUACAUCACUUAUCUAAUGUCCUCGCGUCAUACAAACAUUUGUUACUAUACUACAAGAGUGACAAGCAUUGCAAGUGGAAUUUUUUGUGGGGUAUCACUGGCGACCUUGACUGCUAUAAGCGUGGACAGGUUUCUCGCGCUAAUGCUGGGUUUGAGAUACAGGCAGACCGUGACUCUAAGGCGAGCUCGUCUAUUUGUCAUCAUUCUCUGGCCGACGAGUGGUGUUACUGCAGCGAUGUUCGAAGUCGACUACCUCUUGACUGUAGGAAUUAUAUGUAUUGCAAUAUUUAUCUGUUUAAUAACCUCGGCCUUUUGCUAUACCAAGAUCUACCUGUCAAUUCGCCAUCACAAAACUCAAGUAACGCAGUUAAAUAUGCACGCAAAUUCGUGUAGAACUGACGGAGAAAAUCCUCCGCUGAACUUGGCGCGGUAUAAAAAAACAGUGUCAGCAGCAAUGUGGCUGCAAAUAACAUUAAUAGUUUGCUAUUUUCCAUUCGGCGUUGUUGCUGCCCUGUACGCCAUAACUGGAGUAAUCUCGCCUUCGCGUGAUUUCGCUUGGGAAAUGACACUAUCUAUCAUCAUGCUCAACUCCUCUCUCAAUCCGAUUCUUUACUUUUGGAAGAUUAGAGAAGUAAGGAAAGCUGUUAAGGACACGAUUGGACAGUUCUGCUCUUUUGAAUGAAUUUACUCUCGUUUUCUUAGUUACGUUACUUCGUAGUAUAAAUCAUAAGGUGAACUCAUUUCUUACAGCGGACAAGGUUUUCACUCUACAUAAGCCGCAUGUCCGAUAUGGUCUUAAUAAUUAAAUACAUAUGAAAUUGUCAUGAUUAAGCAGCCCAGUAUGAUAAAGUAUACAGCUCACGGUCUCAUUAUAUUUGGAUUAAACGCUCUUUAUACCUUUUCUUGACGUAGUGAUGAAGGAAGUUGAGUAUUUGAGUUUCUCAAGACGGAAUUGUUUAUGCCUUUCAAAUCUUCCUACAUGCAUAGUGCUAGUGCGUCAUGAUUAACAUAAUUCUGCCGCAAAUUAAUGUUGGAUUUCAUUGUUGCGUAACAGGAAAUCGAUGCAGAAAAUUCCAAUUUAAUAAAGGAUUUAUUUCGCUUGGAAUUUAUAAUUUUAGGCAGAUGUUCAAUUGUUAGCUAUAGAGAACGGGAGACGAACAAAUUAAAAUUCUGGCGAUUGACUUAAAAAGAGGAAGAGAGGAGGGAAGCAGGUAGCUACAUUUUCUAAGAAAUAUUAUCCUUAGAUCUACCUGAUGAUAUUUCUUAAUUUUUCAAUCAAAUGGUGAGAUCCAUCUCCUCCCAAUAUUGCGUGACUUACCCUAAAAUGACCAUUUAAUUGAAAGCGUUAGCCGGAGCACUAUGGGUAAUAACAACAGACAAAACAUGAGGUUUCAAGGCAAUGUUUAUCUAAAAUUCAGAUAAAUUGACAGGGAAACAGUAAAAAAAAAUAUCGUAGAAGGAAGGAAAAAUUGAUGUUGAUAGUUCAAUAGACGCUCAAGCAAAUUGUAAAAUUCAACUGGGGGUUGAUAUUCUGACCAACGAGAUUCACGCAGCCGAAUUUCGUAACAAAAAGAAAAGUUACAUUCAUUUAAAUCUGCAGAAACUAAAAAUAUGGUAAAUCAGCCGCCAAAUAUGUGUAAAAUAUGGCCAAAUGGCAGCCAAACGGAUAGGCGAAAAUAAACUUUACACUUCUAUCGCUAGGACUGUUAACCGCGUAGUCAUCGUCAAUUCUAAGACUUUGAAGCCCGCUUCUUUCUAGUUAAACAUUCUUCCGCACCUCUGCUCUUCGUCCGUGAGGCCUACAAAUGUGUAUUGUGAUCGAGAAAGAAACAAAAAGAAGGAAAAAUCAUCUUGAUGAUUUUAACGAACGAUGCGACAAAAUAUUUCCAUAUUGAUCGUAGGACCGUCGUCAUCGUCGAUGUACGACUUUGAAGCCCUUUUUUUCCAGUUUAGUAUUUUUACGCACACUUCCUGUUCGUUUUUCAGGUCUACAACGAUAUAUUUUGAUUAAGGAUGGAGGGAAAGGAAGGAAAAACAAGGUAGAUCAUUUUAGCUUUCGGCCCGUCGACAAACGCCAUUUUGAAUCACUCCAUGAUGACUCCAUGCUUGUAGUCAGGCAAAAAAGGCGGCCUUUGUACCAUCCCUCCCUCCAGAUUUUUGAAUAGAAGGCAACAGAACAACUUUGGGGAUAGGGGUAAAUCUAGCAGAGGUGGCAGGAGAUAACGCAUUUAAUCCACGUUUUGAUGCAUAAAUUAGUUGUCUAAAAGAUCAGAGAAUGGAGGGAGUGAGUGAAUUUUUUCUUCCAUACCUGAACCUCAUUGUAUGACGUCAUACUGUCACGAGGUAAAAAUGCUUUCUCUCGAUUCCUCGCCAUCCUGGUUCCUUUUUAGUUUGUUCGCAAAAUUUUAUAAUUUUUCUUUCUUGCUAAUUCAUAUUUUGUGGUUACUCUCACACUGAUUAUGAUUUUGGCUGUCGAAGCUAAAGAACGCCACCGUGAAAUCACGUGACCAGGCUUACGACCUCCGAUGCUUUACCACCGGGCCACAGAAUUUCUCUUUGUUAAACUAAGCCAAUACUACUCGGUUCAUUUGUGACACGUGUUCUGCAUACUGCUAGGAUCAGCAAUAUUGAGGGCAUCAGGUGUGUAAGCAGAUUGAGAAAGAUGGCAGAAUUUUAGGCUUGAAUGAAAGGGGUAUCGAAUGGUCUAUGGAGCAUUUUUUUGCGAGCAUGCGAACAGUGUGUUUACUUUUGCGAGCACGAGCAGUUGUCAAUUUUUUCGUGCGAGCAGCGAGCGCUUUAGAAAAUACAGAUGGUGAGCAGCGAGCACUUUAGAUAAAUACAGAUGGCGAGCAGCGAGCACUUCGAGUACUUCGUAAAUUUUCCGCUAGCCGGAAUCUCUCUUUUAUUAAUAGGAUACGUUGUUUUGCGCCAAGUAGCAACUAAUAAUUUGGCUGACACCUCCAAAACAGAACAAUAGGUGCAAAGCUAAGGCAGUUCAACCAGUCCCAGUAUCUUACAGCCAACUGUCCCCUACUGAUGCCAAAUUACGUUACGAAGCUUCAUGUGAGUCAGUCAGGGUGGACGCUCAAGAACUUCAAGAGCUCUAAAUUAAGGAAAUCUACUAGAUCCAAAGCGCGAUCUAAAGUUUUCCAUCUCUUUCUAACCCGACGCUGAAACGGUAUGGUUUUUUUUUUGUUAUAUAGCUCUUAUGAAAUGUAAUAACGUGACAUUCGGUCUAACAAGUAUGUCGGGCUUCGGUUUCGAUGAUCGGCAAACUGGUUUCCCGCUGAUUAACUGAAAAAGAUUCAACGUAACGAGGCUUUAGUUAUUUGGGGGCUUCUAGAAUCUAACCAAUUAUAGCCGUACAGACCUGACAAGCUCUAGUAGUAGCUCUGAAGGUCAAAUAGCACUGGUAAUAAUAGUAUUUCUCUAGAUGACUUUCUACCUUCGCGGGUGCCUCUCGAGAAGAAUUCUUACAUUUCGUGUUUCCGCGCGACAUAGAGACAGUUUCUAGACAUGUCUCCGCGUUUGGCUGGGCCUUUAGGUUUUGAUCAAAAUAGUUAAAGCAUCAUUUCAUUUAAGAAUUUCCCUGAACCGGUGAAGCCCAAACGACCGACGGUUGUUAUUAAUGUUGUUUCGUUUAAUCGGGUUUCAUAUGCCACCGUUUGGCAUUAGAUUAUAGUUAUUAUUACUUGUGGCCAGAAAUCUUCUAAGGUUGAAAAAGCCGCUACAGAAUGCGAUCCGAGUACACUGUUUCAAAAUAUUUUGACUCCGUCCAUUUUAGUUCCCUUUGCCCACUGGAAAAUCCAUCAUAUCUACAAAACCUGAUAAUUUGCUCAAAUAAAUGGGAAUGUAGAUCAACAAAGGUUCACAAGUAAUGUUGUCUCCAUAGGAGAUUAUGUCAUGUCAUGUCCCGUCAUGUCCCGUCAUGUUGAGCUUCCUCUUAAAGGGUAACUAACGGCUAAAAAGGUCACUUUUUCGGAACACCAUCUAAAUGCCUCGGGUAACACAUUGAAAGAGAUGCAAGGUGCUUCGAACGCCUCUUUGUGUCUUUUUUCUUCAGGAAAACUGUCCUAAAUGCAGCUUCGUGAGUCAUAAGCCGUAAACGCUUCGAUUUUGAUCAUUUUUGAUCAUGUGAUCUUAUACGUCACACGUAUGUACAUUAAGUAGGUGUGUACAUUAGAAGUAGAUAGUAGUUCGAGUGAAAGCAGUUCGAUUACGGGAUCUAGGUAUUCAGAUUUUGAGGCCUCGAUUGAAGGUGAACAUAUUAAUGAAAGGGUUUAUGAAUCUGUUGGUGAAAUCAGGCCCUCGCGAUUUCAACCGUCAGGACGAACCUGAAACAGAGCGCGAGAUUCAGAAGAGGAUCAUGAGCCCGCGCGCUGCGGCCGCCUCAAUCAAGAAAGCAAGAUUGGUGAGUGCAUUUACACUUGUAAAUAAAGAAUCUGAAAAUUAGUCGCCUAUUAAACGUAGAAGCGAUAAGUAGAUAAAACCAAAUGUGCCGCACACUCUUGAAUACCAUGGGAGCGAAGUGUUUCUCCGCUAUGCUAAAUAAAUGCACGCACCUUCCGAAGCUAAGGUUUCGCUGACUGAAAAUAUAAACUUACAUGCUUGUGGCGGUGAAUUGGAUGGAUUAUACACGUUUCCACACGAUUGAAUCGGCUUUAAUUUUUCCUGUGUCGAAUUUGGCGAACGAUUAAACAUUUCUCGGUUUUUACUUUAAAACACGAUGUAGCAAAAAAUAGCAUUCGCACAUGUAGAAUUGAACAUCCUCUCAAUAUUGACUUAUUGUUUAGCCUAAAGUUUGAGUUAUCUCCCACGUUUGUGACAGUUACAGAGGUGAUAACUGUUCCUUUUGGUGAAACCAAUCAUACGAGCUGUGUUCUCUAUUUCUUCUAUUCAACAUCGUGAAAAAAAAUGACUACUUUACUGAUUUUUUAUUACGAAGUGUCAGUGGGGAAACUAUUAAUCAAUGCGGAGGGAGAAAGAAAACGUCUUUUGCCAAGAAGUAGAUGUGGUCAAAGACAAAGGUUUGGAGGAUCUUACAGUGGAACAGCCAGAUGUAUUGUUCAUCAUCCAGGGUUUGAGGAGACUGCUGAAGACUGACCCUGUCUGCAUUUGUUUUGUUACUAAACAUCACUACUCAGCGCUUCUCUAGUUUGAAUGCUGGUUUUCGUUUUCUUUGUUUUACAUCCUGUUGUUUUCUGCCCAUAUUGUAAAUAUCAACGCAGCUAAGAGUAGUACAGUUUUGGAUAACUUGAGCUUGAACAUAUUUAUGUAUUUUUUUAAAGUUCAGGUCGGUAUUUGAGAAACAUUACGUGCUUGCUAUUUCCGUAGCACGAGUUUGUCGCUGACUCGGUUCCUUCUUUUAACCAAAGCACUGCGUUUUAGACGGUGAGAGCUAGGCAUUCCCAUGACAUGUGCUUUAAUGGUUUCCUACGUCGGCUUGUUUUGUUUACGAUAAACGAGCGUGAGUACUGUUCACUCAGCUGACAGUGGUACAUUUUCGAAAUGAGUAACCUUUCGGACAGGUUUGAUUUCAUCAUGUUUCCGGUCGAAAAUGAGAAACAACGCUUGAGUGUGACGCUCAUAACAAGGCGUUUCUUGUAACAUUCAUUUACAGCGUGUCUCUGUUAUUAUUUGCUUCAACUGGAAGUUAAUUAAACUUAGGCACACGAAUGUGCUAUAUAUGCAACUUAAUGUUAGUUGUAAUCAUUCCUGGACAACUCUCAAUUAGAGACGAAACGCGUCGAAAGAAAUAAACAAAAAGUUACAACAGCAAGUAGUCUUCCUUUGUGCUGCUCACCAGUCUCCGUUGAAAAAAAAGCAAAGAAAGGAUAAAUCUUGUACAUUUUCGGAACGUGGAAGAAGAGUAUAGUUCACAAAACCAGAUGACGACCUCCCACAAUACGCGAAAACACUUUGCGCUUAGUCACGCUCACUUCAGAACCGAUGGGUCUAAGGUCACAGUGUUAUACAUCGGACAAAAUCUAAAGUCAAAUACUUUUCGGCUUGGACUAAAAAAACAUCGCUUUAAGUAUAGGACUCGAUAAUGGUUGAGAGGAAAAAAUUAUUGGAUUAUGUAUUUUUUUACAGCUGUUUGGAAUGGCGUGCAAAUUACCUGUGGCUCUGAAUACAGACAUGCGAUCCCUCGCGUUUCGAUUGUUAUUUCUCACUUCGUAUUUCAUAGUCUCUAAAUGGUGGCCUAUAUCAGAAUGGAACAAAUCUUAUUUUUUUGCCGCUCGUAAAUUUUAGCAACGGUUAGACAGCGAGGGCGAAGUUGUUACUUUCAGGUUUUGACACGACGCUUUUCACUGACUUACACACGUGUGACGUACACAUCACGUGACCAGGAUCAGACCGUUUUCAAAAUGGCCGUCGAUUCAGCGUCAAAAAAAUUUGUAGAAAAUUUGGUUUCGCACAAUAUAUCACUUAUUUGUCUAUUUAGGAUUCUUUAACCUAAGAGGAAUGUAUUGAGACGAAAAAAAAAGGGGAAAAAUUUGGUGUCAGUUACUCUUUAACUAUAUCAGAAUUUCCUGGUGAAGAAACAAGUCAAUAGAUGGAAGAUCACGUAUUUGCAUUUGAACUGCGGAACUGUACCUCUCUCGAACAGAAAGCCUGCGACGAUGAAAUAUGAUAAAGAAUAAACCAAUAAACGAAAUACUUGUCAUGGAGCUUCGUGCGUUUCCCCGAUAAUACAUACAGCGCCUCCAAAAUAGUUACGGGCUGAACUGUUGAAGAAAGACUGAAGCCAGAGAUAAGGAUGUUUCAACCUUUUUGUUACAACCAUAUCAUAACUGAUUUAUCGUUUACAUAUGUAUAAAAAAUAGCUACAAAGCAGAAUUAACGAAAUUUCGAGCAAUCGAGCACAUGUUAACGAGAAUGCGAGCAUGCGAGCAGUUGCAAAAAUUUUGCAAGCACGAGCAAGCGAGCACCCGUGUAAUUUUUGUGAGCAAUUCGAGCAAAGGCCAUAUUUUUCGAGCACCUUUAAAUUGAAUGGGACCAUUCGAUACCCCUAUUGAAAUUCAGAAAGCUGGUUUUUUCUUCUUGUCGUGGGUAGAAUUCGUCUGCUUCGAAAAAAGAAGCACUCUGAUAUCAAACGCUGUACCAUUACGAAAUAUCUUUUAAUAUUAUAGCAAUUUCCAUAGACUUGUCAAUACUUCGGAAACAUUUUCAAGGAGCUUUUUAUGAUGGCCUUCUCAAUAUCCGCUACUGAUAUUUUCGAGGCUUGAUUGAGGACCAAAGUUUCACCGCCAAAAGUCAUUGAUGAAAAAUAGUAUUCUUCGUUGAAUUUAGGGUUCCUAGAGGGCAAAAUGGCUUCAAUUUACGAACACGUUUAUCAUAUCACGCAACACGUUUCAUUUGCAUAUUAUGCUAUAGAGCUAUAUUCAGAGCCACGGAUGUUGAGUUGAAGAGGUUUUUUCCUGCAAAAAGCCUAGAAUUAUUUUAAAAUUAGAAUAAUGCAUAUAUAUAUAUAUAUAUAUAUCUGACAAGGAACGCAAAUCAUUUUUUAAUGACUUUUUAAAGUCAUUUUUAGCACUAAAUACGUAUUUCCUUCGGACCAAAUCAGGAUUGCAUCGGUUCAAACACUCAUGACAAUCAAGGACCUUCAUACCUUAAAUUCUUCUAAGUUAUUUUCAGCAUGUAAAUAACCCAUGGAGAACCAAAGAGCGGACGAGGGAAAAUCCGCAAGUUGGGUUCGUGAGAUUUAGCUCCCCAUCCAUUUUUUCCCCAACGCUCGUUCCACAUUUUCACUCGUUCCCAUGGUAAAAUAACUGAGUGACUGGUACAGGCUAUGAAUGAACAAGCAGAUUAGUGCAUUGUAAACGCAUUUUAACUAAGUGUAUUCAAUUUGGGGCAUAAGCUUCAACAGAUCUAGGGACAAGAAAAUUGUAUUCACAGAGAUAGAAUACAAAAACAACACCAUACCACAAUAUCCAAGAUGAUAACGACAGUUCAAUACAACCCUCUUGUAUUUUCCUAAUCGCCUUUUCUGAUCUCCAACCAAAAAUUUAGGGUAUCAAUGAAGUUUCUCUUUGGCCUUUAGAUCUUGACUAAAAAGUGUCGAUUGCUGCGGUUUUUUAUUUGGCCGAGCGAUAUUUUCAAACGACCCCUAUCAAGUGAAGGUGAGAGUUAGGGCUAUGAAAGCCGUACCUAAAUUGUAUAAGAAGGUAUUCAGUAAAUCUGACCAAAAAUGGUAUAACACUUGCAAAGCUCUCGUUUGUCUCGCACCAAUUUAAUUUCUCUAGCCCUUUAUUGCGUUAUUUCGUCACGUAUAACCAAUAUUACGCUUCACUGUGACGCAUACCAAACUUAUUUUGAUAACUGAAUACAACUUUCGUGUUCACUAUCCUUGUCCGGUUGGGUUGACUACAAAAGAAGAGAUUAAAAUCAAGGAAAAAACUUGAUGUACAGGACUGAAGCAUUAGAGGUCAGCUAAGGUAAAUUUAUCGACAGCGAAUUUCUAAUUUGGCAUGAAAAUAAGCAAACACUGACAGGCGGAUGUUUUUAUUCCAGUAGAUCCAAUAUGGUCAGUUCGAUUCGUUGGAACCCUAACUCGCCAAGAAUGUUUUAAUUCUUGACGAAAUGCGCAGCCACGACAUAUUAGAAGUGUCUGCGAAAAUUCAAACCAAACAUUUGCAUUGCUCAGCUAUUACAGAAUUGGUAUUUUGAAUUUGUUUGGUUCAAAACCCCUUGUGAUCCAACUGUAACUGAAGUCAAUUAGCUUCUUCAAUCUGGGUGGAAACUUAAAGGCCAUCAGUUUUUCUUUAAGUUGUGGCACAAUUAAGCUGAGUAUCUCAGUAGAUGAAUUCCUUUAUUGUAUUGUUAGGACUCACAAGUACAGCUCCAGAUAAAAAGAAGUCCAAAGAGAAUUUUUCAAAUCUUGCUUAAGACAUCCUCGGCCUUUGAAGUUUGAAAAAGACUGUCUUCGCUAACAGGCUCAGGAAACACCAAUAAAUCUGUUAUCAAACACAGAAACUAUGGCAAACCGAUCUGAGGAUGGAAACCAUACUACAAAUCAAGAGGCAUUUUGCAUCAAUACGUCGUUUGGAAGAGAACUGCAUCUGUUUCUUGUGGUGCUAAAUAUUUGCUUGGGUAUAACCGCAUUUACGUGGAAUGCUCUCAUUCUUGUCGCAUUGCAAAAGUGUUCAGUUCGCCCCCCAACGAAAUUGCUAUUCCGCUGUCUUGCCAGCACAGAUCUUUGUGUGGGUCUCAUUCUACAGCCACUCUACGUUACUUAUUUGGUGAUCAGAGAAUCUCCUAACGUUUGCCGUCUUCAAGGAACACUGACCAGUAUUGCAAGUGGAAUAUUUUGUGGCAUGUCGUUGACAACAUUAACCGCAAUAAGCGUGGAAAGACUUCUUGCCCUGUUGCUGGUUAUGAGGUAUAGGGAGGUAGUUACUCUAACACGCGUUCGCAUUCUGGUGGCUAUAAUGUGGGCUUUCUGUGCUAUCAGUUCGGUGCUGUUUUUCGUAAGUUUUUACGUCGUUGUAGGAAUGGCCAGCGUCAUUAUGGUACUGUGUUUAGUUAUCUCUGUCUUCUGUUACACGAAAAUAUAUGUCGCUUUCAACCGACACCAGAGACAGUUGGCACACAAUACCCCCCAGAGAAAUUCCAAAAAACCUGGAGGAGAUAUUCUCCUGAGCACGCCACGAUACAAAAAGACAGUUUCCUUCUCAUUGUUAUUGCAAAUGGCGUUAGUGACUUGUUAUCUUCCCUUUGCAAUUGUUGCAGCCUUGUUUUCCUUCACCGAAGUACGAUCGUCACUUCUUGAUUUCGCUUGGUUCGUAGCAUUGUCGGUCGUUAUGUUUAACUCAACUCUGAACCCGAUUCUUUACUUCUGGAAGAUCCGAGAUGUGAGACAGGCAGUAAAAGACACAAUGAGAAAGCUUGUUGGUCACUAAACGCUUAAAAUGGGAUGAGACAGAUGUCAUGGAUUAACAAAGAGAAACGGAAAUGACUUUUUACCUGACUUUUUGCCAGAAGUCUUUAUUUAGCUCUAAAUACCUAUUUCCUAUGGAGUAAUUCAGGAUUGUAUAGGUUCAAAAUACUUAUUUUAUCAAGAGUCCUCAUACCUUAAAUUCUUUCUUGUCUCACUUAUACAUGGCUCGCACUUGUUGAAGGAAAAACAAAGAGCGGACGAGGAAAACCCUACAAGGGAGCCGUUCUUGAUAUUUGCUUCCCACCAAUAUUUAUCCCCUCCCCCCCUCCCCCCACCAUUUGUCCCUACAAUAAAUUAACCGGGCGGCUGUCACAGGCAAUGAAGGAGAUGGAAAAUUGUUGAGAUAAAAAUGCAGUUUAAUUUUUCAACGCAAUUUCGGAAGGAGAAUCUAACAGAUCCUGGUUUAAUUAAAAAUUUUUACAGUUUUGGGAUAUAUUUCAAAGACAAUAUCCUAUCAUGAUAUCCAAAUCUGAUAAUUGCAGUAUGAUACAACCCUCUUGUUUUUGUCUGAUAGUCAUCUCAGUUUACCGACCAAAACAUUAAUUUAAGAUAUUUGUGGAGUUUCUCUUUGGCCUUUGAUCACGAGUACAAAGUGUGCCGCUGUGAUUUUCUCCUCUUUCCGAGCGAUUUUUAUUUCGUCCUAACGAAAUGAGGGUACGAUACUGAGUUAAUGGCAAGGAAAGUUAUAAUUUAACAGGAUCUUAAUCGAAAAAAAUAGAUAUUGAUGAAUCUGGCUAAAUAUGGUAUCUGAUCUCACUUACAAAGCUGCCGUGAGUCUCGCAGACAUAUUUUUCUGGCCCUAAAAUUUUGUGCGUCAUCCUGUUUCAGAUAACCAAUAUUACGCGUGAUUUUAAUUAAACCAUAUCACUGAAGGUAAUUUAGUAGAUGAAUGCAUCUCUCGUGACACUAUCCUCAUCCAGACUGGUUAACCUCAGUAGCAGAGAACAAAUGUAGGAAAAUACUUCCAGGACGGAACUAAAACACUAAAGGACAGGUAAAGUUUAUUUAGGGACAGUGAACUUGUAAUUUAGCUUGAAAAUGAGUAAAAGCGGUUGUCAUUUUGUUUCAGUAGACUCAGUAUCAUUAGUUUGAUCCACUAGAACCCCAACUCGCCUAAAAUGUUCUAAUUCUUGACCAAACGCGCUUUAGCCAUGCAUUUCCGCACAGGUAGAAUAUCUCGCAAAUAGUCAACUCAAAUAUUUGCAUGUGGUCAUGCGAUCAGCUAUUACACAAUCGGUAUUUUGAUUUCGCUCAGUUUAGAAUCUCAAGUGAUCGCUGAAUCAUAACUAGUUUCAAUUAGCUUCUUCAAUUUUGGUGAAAUCUGAGGGUCACUUUUGCAAUUGUGGUAUGAUUUAGCUCAGUAUCUGAAUGAAUUCCUUUUCCUUGUUGUUAGAAAUCACAGCUCCAACGUAUUUAGUACCGAAGAUCAUAGUACAUAUCUUGCUUAAGAUAUCCGCAUUCUUUGGAAUUUUAAGAACACUGUCUUCGCCAACAGGCCGCUCAGGAAACACAAAUAAAUUUGUUCUCAAGACAAGAAUAUGGCAAAUCUAUCUGAGGAUGGAAAACACACUACGAAUCAGACAGAAUUUUGCAUCAAUACGUCGUUGGGAAGAGAACUGCAUCUGUUUCUUAUUGUGCUAAAUAUUUGCUUGAGUAUAACUGCAUGUAUAUGGAAUGCUCUCAUUCUCGUUGCAUUGCGUAAGUGUUCAGUUCGCUCAACAACGAAAUUGCUAUUCUGUUGUCUUGCCAGCACAGAUCUCUGCGUGGGUCUCAUUCUGCAGCCCUUCUACCUUACUUAUAUGAUGACAUCAGAAUCCCUUAACAUUUGCCCGCUUAUAGCCACAGUGAUCCGUAUCGCAGGUGUAACAUUUUGUGGCAUGUCAUUGACAACAUUAACCGCAAUAAGCGUGGAAAGACUUCUCGCCCUGUUGCUGGUUAUGAGGUACAGAGAAGUGGUUACACUUAGACGCGUUCGUGUUCUGGUGACCAUACUGUGGGCUUUUUGUGUUAUCCUUUCGAUGUUGUUUUUAGUAAGUUAUCACAUCGCUGUAGGAUUAGUUAGCAUCGUAAUGGUAUUGUGUUUAAUUGUCUCUGCUUUCUGUUACACAAAAAUUUAUCUCGCUUUUAAUCGACACCAGAGACGGUUGGCACACAAUACUCACCAGGGAAAUCCCAACAAAUCUGGAGAAGAAACUCUCCUAAGCACACCUCGAUACAAAAAGACAGUUUCCUUCUCACUGUUAUUGCAGAUAGCGCUAGUGACUUGCUAUCUUCCACUUGCAAUUGUCCUUGCUUUGUUUGCCUUCACCAAACUACAUUCGUCAAUUCUUGACUUCGUCUAUAACAUAACAUUGUCUAUCGUUGUGUUCAACUCAUCUCUGAACCCGAUUCUUUACUUCUGGAAAAUCCAAGAGGUGAGACAAGCAGUAAAAGAAAUCAUCACAAAGGUUGCUUGCCACUAAACGGUAAAGAUUUGAUAAAACAGCUGUCAAUGGACUUGCAAAAAGAAAAGUAAAUGACUUUUUAAUUGACUUUUUGAUGUCUUUCUUUUAGCUCUAAAGACUAACUUACCGUAGACCAAAUGAGAGUUGCACCGGUUCAAAAAACUUAUUUCAUCAACAGUCUUUAUUGUCUUACUUUUACAAGGCUCGAAGUUAUUAAAGGAGAGCAAAACAGCGGGCGAGGGAAAAAUCCGCAAGCUGGGUUUUUGAGAUUGAGUCCCCCCAUCAAUGUGAUUUUCCCUUGCUGGCCCCACCUUUUCACUCGUUCUAAGAUGAAUUUUAAUUAACUGAGUGGUUGGUACAAGCUAUGGACGUGAAAGAAAAUUAUUGAAUUUAAAAAGCAGUUAAAUUUUGUGCAUCCAAUAUCAAGAAGAACCUCUAACAGAUCUUAGGGACAAGAAACCUUUGUAUAGAUUUAGGAACAAUUAGAACAAUAUCCCACCACGAUAUCUAAAUCCGGUAAUGAUAGUUUAAUACAACCCUCCUGUAUUUUUUCCUGGUCGACAUCUCCGAUCACGAGCCAAAGCAUUAGGAUAUUGAUGGCCCUCAUCUUCAGCCUAAAGGGGUUGAUGACGAGUACAAAGUGUGUUAUUGUGAUUUUUCUUUUCAAAAGCGAUUUUUAUAUCUCCCAAACAAAACAAAUGAAUUAAGGUUGUAUACUGAGUUAUGGCUAUGAAAGCUAUUUCCAAAUGGAAUAAAUAAAUAUUGAUGAAUCUGACCAAAUGAUAGUCAGAACAAUUACAAAGCUCUUUCUUGUCUCAUACACUAACAUCUUCCUUGACUCUUUAACGUGUCCUCUCGUUUCGUGUAAACAAUAUCACGCUUGAUUUUAGCAAAUAACAAGCUAGUUUUAGUAACUCAAUACACCUUUCAAUACAACAUCCUUGUCCGGCUGAGUUAGCCUCAAUAGGAGAGGAAAAAAUCAGGGAAAAACUUCAAGUAGGAAACUGUAAAGGACAGGUAAAGUAUAUUUAUGGAAAGUGAAAUUCUAAUUUGGCUUGAAAACGAGUUAAAAGGGCAGGCAUUUUUGCCUCAGUUUGAUCCGGUAGGACCCCAGCUUGCCAAGAACGUUCUACCACUGGACAAUUUGAAAAUGUGUAGCCACAGCAUAUCAAAAAUAGUUUAUCUCGCGAAUAGUCAAAACAAGUAUUAGCAUUUGCGUAGAUAACUAGCAUAGAAUGUUCUAACUCUUGACCCCGCAAAUCAGAAAUAAAUUAUCUCACGAUCGAGAUGAAUCAAACCAUGCAAAUAUUUGCAUUUGCUUAGCCAUUACAUGAUCGGUAUUUUGUUCCCCUUAGUUUGAAAUUCUCAAUGAUCCAAUCAUUACUGGAGAUCAUUAGCUUCUUCCAUUUGGUUGAAACUUGAAGGCCAAUGUUUUCAAUGGCAGCAUGAUUAAGCUUUGUAUCCAGAUGAAUUCGUUUAUUCUAUUAUUAGGACUCACAGCGCCAAAUAAAGGAAUACUGAGGAACAUGUUACAUAUCAGCCUUGAAGCUUAAGGAAGUUAAGACUGUCCUUGCUGAAAAGAUCAGGAAAUAUCAAAAAAUCAUUCUGUUCUUAUGACACGAAAAUGGCAAAUCUAUUUAGGAAUGGAAUUCACAGCACCAAACAAGCAAAUUUUGCGUCAUUAACACAUCGUUUCGAAAAGAACUACACGUGUUUCUUGUAGUUAGUGCUAAAUAUCUGCUUUUCUAUAUCUGCAUUUACGUGGAAUGCUCUCAUUCUCUUAGCUUUACGAAAGUGUUCAAUUCGCCCCCCCCCCUCCCCCACGAAAUUGUUAUUCCGCUGUCUCGCGAGCACAUUUAUCUCUGCGUGGGUCUCAUUCUGCAACAGCCGCACGUUACUUAUUUGAUGAUACCAGAAACCCCCUAACAUUUGCCAUCUUAUUGGAAUACCGAUCAGUAUCGCAGGAGGAAUAUUUUGUGGAGUUUCCUCGACCAAAUAUACCACAAUAAGCGUGGAAAGACUUCUCGCCCUGUUUCUGGUUAUGAGGUAUAGGGCAGUGGUUACUCUUACACGCGUUCGUAUUCUGUUGACCAUUCUGUGGGCGGCUUUCUGUGGUAUCAGUUCAGUGCUGUUUUUCGUUCGUUUCUACGUCGCUGUAAGACUCUGA